AUGGCGCCUUACUGUUCAAUUUCAAUCUAUCUCCUACUCCUUCUCACAACCUCCACCGUCUCUCCUCUCUCCUUCAACCUCUCCACCAUCACGCCUGAUCAUGCCAACCUCCAGAUCAAGAUCAAAGGCGACGCCUAUAUAUCCCCAGAAGGCCUCCAGGUCACCACCAACGACAGGAGCCGCCUCAGCGAACUCGGCACCGGCCGCGCCACCUACGCCGAACCCCUGCACCUCUGGGACAAGGCCACCAACAACUUGACCGACUUCGACACCCACUUCUCCUUCGUCAUCCAGGCCACCGGAUGCGCCGCCGACGGGCUCGCGUUUUUCCUGGCUCCGGUCAAUUCCACCAUCCCGCCGAACUCCUCCGGCGCCGGCCUCGGCCUCGCCUCCAAGGACGCCCCCGGGAACGCGUCCGAAGUCCCAUUCGUGGCGGUUGAAUUCGACACAUACUUUAGUUCUGAGUUCGACGACACGCAAGGCCAGCACGUGGGGAUCGACGUGAGGUCUCUGAACUCCACCGUGUAUGCGCCGUGGAGAAACAAUCUGACGGAGGGGGAUGUAACUGAUGCUUGGAUUAGUUAUAAUUCUUCAAACAUGAUAUUUCGAGUCACUUUUAAUGAGUUUAAUGUACAGCCGCCUCAGUUAUCGCGUAUUGAAUACACUGUAGAUCUCCGGACUAUUCUACCGGAGUUUGUGGACGUCGGCUUCUCUGCAGCAACAGGAGACUGCUUCCAGAAAAACAAUGUCAAAUCAUGGAGUUUCAGUUCCACUCUGGAUCUGAAAACCGAAGAUAAUGUCACCGGCCCUGACCCCGGGGAUACGCGUCCACCACCUAAUGAAACCGGCCCUGCCCACAAACGGGUCGGGUUAUUUGCGGGUUUAUCUACUGCGGCAGCGGUUGGGCUGGUUUUGGUGGGAUACUGCCUUUGGAGAUGGAAAAGAGGAGGGAGAAAUGGCGACGAGGAGGACGAGGAUGUUUCGGCUAUGGAGAUGGAUUUUGAGAAGGGGAGUGGGCCUAGAAGAUUCUCCUACAGAGAGCUUGCGGCCGCCACGGGUAAUUUUGUGGAGGAAAGCAAGCUGGGUGAGGGUGGAUUUGGCGGAGUCUUCCGAGGCUUCUUGAAGAAUCUGGACUCGCAUGUGGCGGUGAAGCGGGUUUCCAAGAACUCGAAGCAAGGAGCAAAGGAGUACGUGUCGGAAGUGAAGAUCAUCAGCCGACUACGCCACAGAGAGGAAGUUGAGAAAGGAAGGGUGAAGCUCUUCAAGGUCGACAUUCGAGAACUCGAUAUGCUCACAAAGCCACUAGCUAAGGAGAAGUUUGAACUUUGUGCCAGGUUGGCUUGUGCGAGAUGCGAUAAUUCCAUCAAAGCUGAAGGUGGAGAUUUGUAG